UCUGCUAUCCAGAAGUGGAGUAUUAGAACAACUUAUUGGGGAAUUUUGUGGAGAGGAUGAUAGAAAAUGUGUUAUGAAACUUCAUGACAUUCCUGGUGGAGCCAAAGCCUUUUUACUUGUAGCUAAGUUUUGUUAUGGUGUUAAACUUGAGCUCACUGCACUCAAUGUAGUCGAGCUGAGGUGCGCGGCGGAGUAUCUUCGAAUGAACGAGGAUUUUGGAAAUGGAAAUCUUAUAAUGCAAUGCGAGAAUUUCUUGAACGAAGUCUUUGGAAACUGGACGGAUUCGAUUAAAGCUCUUGAAACAUGUGAAGGGAUUUUGAGUUAUGCUGAGGAGCUUCAUAUUGUGUCAAGAUGUAUAAAUUCUUUGGCAAUGAAAGCUUGUUCUGAUCCAAGUUUGUUUAGCUGGCCUGUUUCGGGACCUGAACCGAUGCGAAGCUCUGAAGGUACAGAGUUUUGGAAUGGAAUUCAUGUAUCGUCGAGAUCACGAAAAGUACAGGACGAUUGGUGGUUUGAAGAUGUGUCGUUCCUUAGAUUGCCUCUUUACAAAAGAUUGAUUUUGGAAGUUGGAUCAAGAGGCAUGAAGCCUGAUAUCAUUGCUGGCUCUCUCAUUCAUUAUGCUAGAAGGCACCUUCCCUUGUUGGGAAGGCAAGCAAGCAACGAUGAUCGAACGUUUAGCGCACUGGUUUUGAAUGUUUCGGCUUCGGCUUCGUCGGAAGUCGAUCAAAGGAGACUUCUUGAAGAGAUAGUCGAAUUACUUCCCCAUCAAAAGGGUGUGACACCAACAAAGUUCCUGAUUAGGCUUCUAAGAACCUCCACGAUUUUACAUGCUAGCUUCUCGUGUCGGGAGAAUCUCGAAAAACGCAUUGGGUCACAGUUAGAACAAGCGGCUCUUGAAGAUCUUUUGAUACCAAAUAUGGGGUACUCGGUCGAGACGUUGUAUGACAUUGACUGUAUUCAGCGAAUUCUUGAUCACUUUAUGCUAGUUGAUCGAAAUGGAAACGAUUGCAUUUUGACUAGAGUUGAGGAUGGGCAAUUGAUGGGGUCCAAUUCAGUUGCUCCAUUAACAAUGGUGGCUAAUCUCAUUGAUGGAUAUCUUGCUGAAGUUGCACCAGAUGUUAAUCUCAAGUUACCAAAGUUUCAGUCACUAGCUGCAGCUAUUCCUGAUUUCGCUAGGCCACUCGACGAUGGGAUUUACCGCGCUAUCGAUAUUUACCUCAAGGCUCAUCACUGGCUAACAGAUUCUGAAAGAGAACAAAUCUGUAGGCUUAUGAACUGCCAGAAGCUGUCAUUGGAAGCCAGCACCCAUGCAGCCCAAAACGAAAGACUACCACUUCGUGUCGUCGUCCAAGUACUUUUCUUCGAACAACUUCGACUCCGAACGUCGGUAGCCAGUUGGUUAUUUCUCUCGGACAAUAUUGAGAAUUCACAUAACAUCAGUGGGAACAUGGCUGCACUUGGUGGUACGAACAAUGCAGCACCAUAUGACAAUGCCUGCACGACUGAGAACCACGCUUUCGGUAUCGACAACAACAUGAAAGAGCGGGUGUCGGAGCUGGAGAAAGAGUGCUUGAGCAUGAAGGAAGAGCUGGACAAGCUGGUGAAGACAAAGGGUGGAUGGAACAUGAUCUUGAAGAAGUUGGGUUUAAGAAUAAAGUUCAAGAAUUCUGAACAGAAACCAUCCAAGCUCCUCAUAAACUCGAAACCAGAUCGCGAAAUGUCGUCGACAUCUCUGCCUACGAACGAACAAAAAAGAACAUCAUGACGAGUCGAUAUAGCUUUGUGUCGUGUGUUUAUGGUUGUAAUGCUGUAUUUGAUAGCGAAAUCCAAACUCUAAUUCACUAACCUUUAUUCUUGAAGAUCACAAAAUGUUUCGAAAGGCCUCCCACAUUCAU